GCUCUAUUUCCUUCAAAGGAUCGAUCUUUGUGUUUUCUUACUGAGUAGAAAAAGCCAAAUUGUUUAUCCUAACCAGAAGGCUGGAGAUAGUGAGAUGGGCUUCAGCAGACAAGGUCAAGGUUCACAACUGUGUUAAUAAAUAUUGUAGGAGGCAUGAAAUAAUGGCCAUUGUUUCACGGAAGCACUGACAAGAAGAAACUGGUACAUUAGGAACACAAAAGGGAAUUAGUCUUUGGAGUCACGUGAGACAUUUUUAAUUUACAGACCAGAAGGUCUGAAUGUUUGUGCUUUGCGGCAGAUGAUUAACCAGAUAGCCUCGAAUUCCCUUCUCAUCUGAUCGAUAAUGACUUUGCAGGUAAUGAUUUUAGGGAGACCUAUUACUUCCUGCCUAAAGCCAAAGAAUUGUUUCUAUCACAAUAUGAAAUAUACCGUGGGGGAAAAAAAUCGUGGAUAAAUAUUAGCCUUGUGGGUAAGAAAAUGUAUUAUCGCAAUACACGUAUUUCACUGUGUCUUUAAAGACUCACAGCAAGGGAAAAGUUGGAAUGCAAUGGAAACUAGUCCUAGCACAAAAUCUUACUGGUUCAACUUUAUGUUAAUUUCUUUUAUUUUAGACUGUUUCCUUUCUAAGGAGUUUGCUAAUUCGGGAAACCACUGCCUCAUGUCUAUACUUCUCAUGCAUGUGACUAGCUUCCUAGGAAUGGUCUCCCAGUUAGGCUGUUGGGAAAGGUUCCUUCAUUUCUUCCCUGUCUGGGGCCAUCCUGUCUCCCUCUCUUCUUCCCCAUUGGUCCCCAGUCACCUUCAAACUGGAUCUUGCCUUCAGCCUCUUCCAGGUGCUGGUCUUCUAGGUGGCACUCCAGCCCUCGUCCCACCACCCCACUCCACCCUGAUGGUUUUCAGACAUGCCAAAGGACCUACCUUCAGUCCUUGGGUACUAAAGCGCCCUUUACUUCUUCUACUCAUAGGAGAAGAAAAUCAAGUGUAGUUGUUUGCAGCAGUGAUUCUCAAUCCUGGUUGCUCAUUAGAAUCACCAGAGAACUUUUGAUUUCAGAUGGCUGGACCCCACCCAGAUGAGUUAAAUCUGAGAUUGGAGAUGAUGCAUGAGCGAUCUUGAUGUGAAGCCAGAGAUGGGACCCCGUGGGUUUAGGAGAGACAUUAGGGCAACUCUUUCACCUUGGUGUGUUUCUGGAACGUUGUCAGUGAUGAAGACCAUCGUCCGCCCUCACAAAGGCUGUUCGCCUCCUUCCAGCAGUGAAAUUUGGCUAAAGCCAUGAGAAGGAAGUCUCUUUUGUAGCCAGUACUUUCCCUCAGGCCUCAGGAGACAUCGGGGUCAACCACCACACUGCGUAGCUCCGGGGGCCCCGUUUACUUUGUGGUCAGUGAAAACAGCACCACUGGGACCCCCGGAGCGUGGUUACAACACAGAUGGUGCCCUGGACUUUGGCGUACUAAACUGAGAAAAACCAAAUAAGCGAGUCUCAACUCCUUUGGCCAACACUUCAAAGGGCAGGUGUCUUAGUGUGAUAUCCCCAGAAAUAUCUUCCACCGUGAGGAGUUUAUGUAGUGCUCCGGGACAUCACGGUGUGAACCGCAUUUGUCAACUAGUCUGGACACGGUGCCUCUGGUAAAUAGGUUCUAGACAAACGAUUUGCAAGCCAACUUUUAAACAUUAGUCUAUUUGUGUCUUGGAGACUCCAAGAAAGUGUUUUAGCCAAGAGCCUUGUUUGCCCCAUAUUUGUGUCUUUUGAACCGUCUCCCUGACUUGAUGUGGCUUGGUAAUUGUUAUAUGAUGCCAUUCUUCCGCAGUGCUGUAUUCUUUUGCACCAUGUAUUCAGCAAUAAGUCAUCUAAUCAGACGUUCAGAUACUUUGUUUGCAGCCCGUGAUGUUCGUGGAGACUUUGGUUUUGGACUAGUACGGAAGCUUUUUUACUCUCACUGUCUGAGAGCACUCUCCCACCCUCCCACUCACCAAAGCCCACCCCAAAGUCUGCCAAAGUAAGUGGAUUAACUUUCUACUCUUCUUAACGCAAUUAAGCUCAGCAGAACACAGACACGUUAGGGACUCAUGCAUGUGUUGGAGAACUAAUACUAGCACUGGGCUCAUAGGUGGGGCGUCAGUGUGGGAGUGUCCUGUGGCCAGCAAGGCCUGAUGGCGCUUGAGUAGCUGGAGGUAUGCAGAUCAAGGAGGACAGAGCUCUACAGCAUGGAGAGAAUCACGCUCAGUCUUGAACACCAGGAGGAUUAGAAAAGCACUUGGGAGGCACAUUCAUCUUGCCGGCGUUGUCAGGAGUGAUCAGCGAGUUUUAUUAAAAGCCCCGGGACUGCCUGAAAAGCCUCCUUGUCUGAGUUUGAAAUGAAAGGGGCAUGUUAAGAUCUUGGGGCACACUGUCGGGACCCCUUGCCCUGCCCCUUGGACUAUGAGCUAACAUCCCUGGGGGAAGCACAGAAGCCCUCCUUUGUUGAAGGGAUUUCGCCGGUGGACAAAUGGAGCUGGCCCCUGACAGCAUGAGCUCUCGGAGUUGGGGAGGGCCCCGUGCCCUGCUGCCGCUGCUGCUGCUGCUGCUGCUGCUGCUGCUGCUGUUGCUGCUGCCGGGCUGGGCCGGCCCCACCUUCAUCAGUGUUAACCGUGGGGUCAGGGUGAUGAAGGGCAGCUCUGCCUUCCUGUUCGGGGAUGACCUGAAGUUUGCCAUCCCCAAGGAGAAAGAUGCUUGCAAAGUAGAAGUCGUGAUGAACGAGCCAAUGACCCAGAGGGUUGGGAAACUCACUCCACAGGUCUUUGACUGCCAUUUCCUUCCUAAUGAAGUAAAGUAUAUUCACAAUGGUUGCCCGAUUCUUGAUGAAGACACAGUGAAGCUUAGACUUUACAGAUUUACUGAGACAGAUACCUUCAUGGAAACCUUUAUCCUGCGGGUCUAUCUCCUGGAACCAGACUGUAACAUCAUCCGUAUGAGUAACAACGUACUGGAGGUGUCCGAAUUCUAUGGCCUGUCCCGAGCCAUUGAUAAGAACGUGCUCAGAUUUGACUACGAGGGGGCGGCCGGCCUGGAGUGCACAGUCAGGCUGGAUCCUGUGGGAAGCCGGCUGCCAGCCCACGGUCAGGUGGUCCUGCUGGAGCCUCGGCCAGAAAAACCUCGUGGAGAUCAGCCGCACAGUUUUUUCCCUGAAUCUCAACUGGGAACAGACCUGAAGUGUCCAGGUGGAAGCUGUAGCCUGGGCCUGAAGAAAGCAGGAAGUAUCAAAGUGAGCUGUGAGGAGUUCCUGCUGAUGGGGCUUCGUUACCAACACACGGACCCCCCUUCUCCCAACAUUGAUUACAUCUCCAUCCGGCUGGACCUCACAGAUGGCAGGAGUAAAAUCGUAUACAAGUCAGAGAGUGCGUGGUUGCCCGUCUAUAUCAGAGCCGGCAUUCCUAAUCAGAUUCCAAGGGCUGCGUUCAUGGCCAUGUUUAUUCUGGAAGUGGAUCAGUUCAUCCUGACCUCUUUGACCACAGCCGUUCUGGACUGUGAAGAGGAUGAGACGCCCAAGCCCUUGCUGGUGUUCAACGUUACUAAGGCCCCACCCCAGGGCUACGUGACUCAUCUGUGGGAUCACACCAGACCCGUCUCCUCGUUCACCUGGAAAGAUCUAAGCGACAUGCAGAUAGCCUAUCAGCCGCCAAACAGCAGCCAUUCUGUGAGGAGACAUUACGAGGUGGAGGUGGAGGCUUACGACUUCUUCUUUGAGAGGAGCGCACCCAUUACAGUCCACAUCUCCAUCAGAACAGCGGAUACGAAUGCCCCGCGAGUGUCCUGGAACACAGGUCUGAAUCUUCUGGAGGGGCAGUCUCGGGCCAUCACUUGGGAACAGUUUCAGAUUGUUGACAAUGAUGACAUCCGUGCUGUCCAGCUGGUCACCGUGGGUGGCCUGCAGCAUGGACAGCUUACAGUAAGAGGGGGGAAAGGAUUUCUCUUCACUGUGGCUGACCUUCAGGCUGGAGUUGUUCACUAUCAUCAUGACGACAGUGACUCCACCAAAGACUUUGUGGUCUUCAGGAUAUUCGAUGGCCAUCACAGCAUCCGCCAUAAGUUUCCCAUCAACAUUUUGCCCAAAGAUGACAGUCCCCCGUUCCUCAUAAACAAUGUAGUAAUUGAACUGGAGGAGGGACAGACCAUACUGAUCCAGGGUUCCAUGCUGAGAGCAUCAGAUAUGGACUCCAGUGAUGACUACAUCUUCUUUAAUAUCACAAAACCCCCUCAGGCCGGAGAGAUCAUGAAGAAACCAGGGCCAGGGCUGAUAGGCUAUCCUGUCCCUGGCUUCCUUCAGAGGGAUCUGUUUCAUGGCAUCAUUCACUAUCGUCACUUUGGUGGAGAGAUCUUUGAAGACUCUUUUGAAUUUGUCCUGUGGGAUAGCCAUGAACCUCCAAAUCUCUCAGUGCCACAGAUGGUGACCAUCCACAUUACUCCAGUGGACGACCAGCUUCCAAAGGAGGCUCCUGGAGUUUCUCGGCAUUUGGUUGUCAAGGAAACCGAGGUGGCCUACAUAACUAAGAAGCAUCUAUAUUUUAUAGAUACAGAAUAUGACAGGGAUCUCGUCUACACAGUGACAACACCCCCAUCUUUCUCUUUCAGCCACAGGCAUCUGGAUGCUGGGAAAUUAUUUAUGGUGGAUAGUAUUCCAAAGCUAACCAAAAACCCUGCAGCCCCGGGGCUGAGAUCAUUCACUCAGCAUGCUGUGAACUACAUGAAAGUGGCCUACAUGCCACCCAUGCAAGAUAUAGGCCUCCAUCCGGGACACGUCCAGUUUGCGUUUUCUGUCAGUAACCAGCACGGGGGCACUUUGCAUGGGAUGUGCUUUAACAUCACGGUUCUUCCAGUGGAUAAUCAAGUUCCUGAGGUAUUUACCAACCCCCUGAGAGUGGCUGAGGGAGGUCACUGCGUCAUCAGCACAGAGAACAUUCUGGUUUCUGAUGUGGAUACCCAACUGGACAGCAUCUACCUCUCCCUACAGAGACUGCCUCAGCAUGGAAGGGUGGAGUUGGAUGGAUUUCCUCUAAACCCAGGAGGCACAUUUUCUUGGGGAGAACUCCAUGCCUUAAAAGUUAGAUAUCGACAUGAUGGAUCUGAGAUACUACAGGAUAAUAUAUUCUUGGAGGUCACAGAUGGCACGAAUUCAGCAGACUUGGUUCUACGUGUUGAGGUAUUCCCUGUAAAUGAUGAGCCACCACUCCUCAAGGCUGACCUCAUCCCCAUGAUGCAUUGCUCAGAGGGCGAAGAGGUGGUCAUCACCUCUGAACACAUUUCUGCUACUGAUGUGGACGGUGAUGACUCGAGACUGAUGUUUGUGAUCGCCCGAGCACCUCAGCACGGGCUGGUGAGGAAAGCCGGAGUCGCAGUGGAUCAGUUCUCUCAGGGAGAUGUCAUCUCGGGGGCUGUGACAUACAAACACACGGGUGGUGAGAUUGGCCUGGUGCCUUGUUAUGAUACCAUUACAUUGGUGGUUUCGGAUGGAGAAGCUGGUCCUUAUGUGAAUGGCUGUUGCUACAAUGGGCCUCAUCCAUCUGUUCCUCUUCAUGAGUCCUUUCCAGUGUAUGACCUCAACAUCACAGUACACCCAGUGGACAACCAAUCACCUUCAAUUGCAAUAGGUACCAUGUUCGUUGUAGAUGAGGGUUUCUCAGCAGCCAUUACCAUUAACCAUUUGUCCGCCACUGACCCUGAUACUGCAGCGGAUGACUUGGAAGUUGUUUUGGUUUCUCUUCCCCAGUUUGGCUACCUUGAAAACACUCUUCCUUCUGCAGGUUUUGAAAAAAGCAAUAUGGGCAUAAGCAUAGCUUCGUUCCAGUGGAAAGACAUGAAGGCUUUACACAUUAACUAUGUGCAAUCCAGACAUCUGAGGAUGGAACCGACGGCUGACCAGUUCAUGGUGUAUGUCACAGAUGGGAAGCGACGCUCCUUGGAGAUACCGUUUCACGUUAUAAUCAACCCCACAAAUGAUGAAGCUCCUGACUUUGUAGUACAGAAUAUUACUGUGUGUGAGGGUCAGAGGAAAGAGUUGGAUACCUCCAUCAUCAAUGCUGCUGAUCUAGACGUUCCCAAGGACUCCUUGCUGUUCAGCAUCACUCAUAAACCGCGCCAUGGCUUCCUCACCAACGGGAUGCUUAGCAAAGAGUUUCCUCCAAAUAAGCAGCCUGCCAACCCCAGCCAGAGGCAUGAACUCGUUCACAGCUUUUCCUUGGAACUUCUCAAGAAUGGAAUGAAGUUGAUGUAUGUGCACGAUGACUCAGAGAGCCUCGCUGAUGACUUUACAAUCCAAUUGUCAGAUGGGAAACAUCAGAUAUUAAAAACGAUUUCAGUAGAAAUCACCCCAGUUAAUGAUGAGAAACCAAUGCUGAGCAAGAAGGCUGAACUUACGGUGAAAAUGGGUGAAGCUCGAAUUGUUUCUAGUGCCAUUCUUUCGGCCAUAGAUGAAGACUCACCCAGGGAGAAGAUUUACUAUUUAUUUGAAAGGCUUCCCCAAAAUGGGCAACUUCAACUUAAGCUAGGGAGGGACUGGGUCCCUCUCCACCCUGGCAUGAAGUGCACUCAGGAGGACGUCGAUCUGAACUUGCUGAGAUACACACACACCGGGGCGAUGGACUCCCAGAACCGAGACAGCUUUACCUUCUACCUCUGGGAUGGUGACAACAGGUCACCGGCAUUUGACUGUCACAUCACCAUCAAGGAUAUGGGAAAAGGUGACAUUGUCAUCCUUGCAAAACCGCUUGUGGUGUCUAAAGGCGAGCGAGGUUUCUUGACGACCACCACUCUCCUUGCAGUGGAUGGAACAGACAAACCCGAGGAACUGCUCUACAUCAUCACUUCCGCUCCGCGGUAUGGCCAGGUCGAAUAUGUCCGCUAUCCUGGAGUCCCCAUUGCAAGCUUCAGCCAAAUGGACAUAGCAGGACAGACAGUCUGUUAUGUACAUAAGAGCAAGGCGGCUGUCUCCCAUGAUACCUUCAGAUUCAUUGUCAGCAAUGGGCUGCAGACCAAACAGGGGGUGUUUGAGAUCACACUGGAGACCGUGGACAGAGCCUUACCCGUGGUGACCAGGAACAGGGGGCUGAGACUGGCCGAGGGGGCCACGGGCCUGCUUUCCCCUGACCUCCUCCAGCUGACCGACCCUGACACCCCAGCGGAGAACCUCACCUUCGUGUUGGUCCGGCUCCCACAACAUGGCCAGCUUUACCUGCGGGGGACAAUGUUGCUUCGGCACAACUUUACUCAGCAGGACGUGGACAGCAGGAAUGUGGCCUACAGGCACUUGGGAGGGGACUCCCAGGUUGACUGCUUUACUUUUGUGGCCACAGAUAGGACAAACCAAGGCUUUGUUGUGGAUGGGAGAGUGGGACAAGAACCUGUUACAUUCACCAUCCAGGUUGACCAGUUGGACAAAACAGCCCCCCAUAUCACACACUUGCACUCCCCUUCUCAAGUGGGGCUCCUGAAAAAUGGCUGUUAUGGGAUUUACCUCACUUCCCAUGUGUUGAAGGCAACAGACCCUGACACUGAUGACGAUCUGAUCAUCUUUAAAAUUCUACGAGGCCCCCAACACGGACAUCUGGAGGACACAACAACAGGUGAAUUUAUCCACGAGAAAUUUAUCCAAAAGGACUUAAACAGUAAGACCAUUCUUUACAUCCUAAACCCAUCUUUGGAAGUUAAUUCAGAUAUCCUGGAAUUUCAAAUCAUGGACCCCACAGGGAACUCUGCCGCUCCUCAAAUUUUGGAACUGAAGUGGUCUCAUAUUGAAUGGUCACAGGCUGAAUAUGAGGUCUGUGAGACUGUGGGCAUAUUAUCCUUAGAAAUUACCAGAAGGGGAUAUUCCGUGGACUCAGCCUUCGUGAGUGUAAAGGUCAAGCAAGUGUCCGCUACAGUUGGAAAAGACUUCACUCUGACUCCAUCUAAACUGAUUCAGUUUGACCCAGGAAUGUCAACUAAGAUGUGGAAUAUAGCAAUUACCUAUGACGGAUUAGAGGAAGAUGAUGAGGUCUUUGAAGUAAUUCUCAACUCCCCUGUGAAUGCAGUUCUUGGCAUAAAGACAAAAGCGGCAGUGAAAAUUUUGGACUCAAAAGGAGGACAGUGCUAUCCUUCAUAUUCCUUCAACCCAAACAAGCACAGUGCGUGGGAGAAGGGCCUUUGGCGCCCGCUGUCCCCAGGGUCUUCCUCACCCGCCACUUCUGGUUCCUUUCAUCUGGAAAGAAGACCCCUUCCAUCUUCCAAGCGGCCAGCAGUCACCAGGGGAGACACUCUCCAGGGCUUUGCUUCCACAGAUCUUUCUCGUAUGAGGCUGAGGACCCAAGGGAAAGGCAAAACAGUUCUUCCAUCCUCUGUUUAUAGAAAUGGAACAGACAUCAUCUAUAAUUAUCAUGGAAUGGUUUCCCUGCAACUACAGGAUGAUAGUUCCCCAUCUCACCAAAGGAAGGCCAACAUGUCCAGUAUUAAUCAGCCACAGAAGACAAGCCAAGGGGCAGAAUUGCCUCAGGCAGAUAAGGUGGAAUCCACAACUGGCUCGCACUUCUCCAGACAGGCCCGGUUGCCCUCAUUUCCAAAGAACUGCACACUGGAAUUAAAGGGACUCUUCCACUUCCAAGAAAGCCUCCGAAAGCUGUACAAGUGUGAUGGGAUUACCUGGAGAGUGUGGAGCCCCCAAACCGAGGUGGGACCCGGGAUGAACAGCAAGGAGGUGGAAGGUGGAUCCUGCCCGGCUGGGUGGCACCGUCACUCAGGCUACUGCCACUCCGUGAUCACGGAACAGAAAGGCACCUGGGACACAGCAGCCCGAGCUUGCCAAGAACAUCACCUGGGCAGCCUCGUCACCGUUCUCUCCAGGCAGCAUAUGCGGUGGCUGUGGGACAUCAGCGGACGGAAGCCAUUUUGGAUAGGUUUGAAUGACCAAGUGCAUGCUGGCCACUGGGAGUGGAUUGGUGGUGAACCUGUCGUCUUCACCAACUGGAGGAAAGGCCCCCCUCAACGUUCAAAGCCUGGGAAGAACUGUGUUUUGGCUCAAAGACAAGGGAAAUGGCAAACGCAGGACUGUAGCAAGAGCAAACCUCACAGUUACGUGUGCUCCAGGAAACUCGAAAAGUAACUAGCCUUACAGGUGCCCACUUGGAAUUUCUCACCUAUUUAUUUACAGGAUUUGUACAUGUUGUUCAAUAGAAGACAAGGUGUCAUGAUUGACUUGGUACUUUUUUUUUUUUUUUAAUCAUAGUUUAUGAGUGAUUCUAUCUGGUAAAAAAGGAACAUAGAAGAAGAGUUCCAGGAAGAUCGAUCAAUGAAUAUUUCUUUAGGGAAGACAGACAAUUCUUGGAUUUCAAUACAUUUCAGAAUAAAUGCCUGAAGUAUUAUAUGGUCCAAGAUUUGCUGAUUCCAGGAGACUCCCACCCUGACCCCACUCCAUAUCUGAGUCAGUACCAAUUUCAUGGUCCUUGGAUUUUUUUUUUAAUCCCAAUAUCUCAAAUGAGCCCAUUCCAAAAUCUGUAUUGCUGGUGCGUCUCCCACUUCAGUCUGAGUAAAAGAAAUUCUACCGGUUCCUUAAAUCACAGUUGAGGUGCCAUCAUUGCUUUGUCCCUUUGGAGGUCUUUCACGUGUGAACCCUAAGAUAGGAGGCUGUGGAUAAAAAGAGUAUUGUCCGUGGUGGAAAAGGAAGGCUUUACAUGGGAGAAUCUCACAGAUGGAAACUCAUUUGCAAAGCUCUAGUUCAAGUGAGAAUCCAGAGGCUACCUGUACCCCAGAGGUCUACCCAUCACCACUCGUGAGACAGAUUGCUUUCUUCAAUGAAAAUGUUGGCCUUGUACCAUUCCAAAGCCAAUCGUUCCAUUUCCCUGGCCUUAUAGAUUCAUGAGAAAUCGGAAGCCACACGAACCUCUCUUUUCAUUUGCGUGUGUAGUACGCAGUGACGUUUGUCAAGGACGUUUGAAACAGAGUAUAUGUGAACGAGGGUUACAAGUUGGAAGAAAAACGCUGCUUCCUCAGAAGUGUCCCAAUGAACUAUGUUGAUGAACAAAGAAAAAUAACAGUGAAAACAGAGCCCUUGAAAACCUAUAUUCUCAGGAAGGAUUUUGAUAUAAUUUUGAGCCCUGAAGUCUUUAAUAUUUGUAGAAAUGGCACGCUAGCUUGAUUCGCUAACAUAAAGGUACCUUAUUAAUUUAUAAUAUCAGCAGAACAAAACAUUUUUGUACCAGUGAGACGUGUUGCAGCCUUACAAGAACUCCCAUCUGAAAUCAAGGGUUAAUUACAGGAAAUUAGAAAUUUACUUCUGAAGCAUGCGCUCUAAAUUCUCCUCUUUUCAUAAUCACUGAAAAGAACGGUUGUGCCAAACGUAACUUUCUCUCUGAGCACCGGUGUAAUUUCAGCAUCAAAAUGGGGUUCCCAAGUAGACGAAAGCUUUGGUGCGGGUUUUAUUAUAAUAACAUGUUCAGUAAAACUAAAAUAAACUGAAGAGAUUCAGUCCGGUUUCUGGAUAUAACGCA